CCGAGCUGUCCGCUUCCUCCCCCUCUUCCUCCUCCUGCCGCCAUUGUUCCGGCUCGAAGUAAAAUCCAGCUUUCGUCCGUUCUCCGCCUAGGCGCUUCUCCUUUCACCUCUCUCUCACUUCUCCCCACAACCCAAGGAAGAGGAAGGCAAACUCUAUAGACCUGACCGCCCCCGCCCCUUCCCGUUCGUCUCCGUCAUCGGGAAUUCUCUCUUCCUGGAAUUCGCUCAUUUCGGCGUAAUCUGAUACUAUCUGAACUGGAUGCGGAUCUAUUCACCUGCAAUCUGUUUGCGGCGAUCUGCCUCAAGUAACAUGUAUGCCCAUCCCAAUCAGUUUCAAGGAGGAGUCACACAGAGUAUGGCCAUAUGGAAGUGCUCCGGGCCGCAGUCAAGCCGUUCUCAUAUGACAUCGGGAUCAGCCAGUUUUUCUUUUAAUAAAAAUUUAAGACCUGCUGAACUGCAGAGUCUGAAGUACUUUGCUAGCUUAGUGGGCCGACGAUUGCGUUGCGGAUUAUCAACUAGAGAGGGCAGUCUAAGUGUAAAGCUCGACAUGCUUUCACGUGAAAGAAUUUCGGGUAUGAAUUGGAAUUGGAGAGGCAUGCAUCAAAAAUUAGGAGCUACAGCUGGUGGGCUUUGUUUCGGAUUUUCAGUUACUGGGACUGCAAAAGCUGAGAUGCCAGUUGACAGGAAUAUUAACUGUUCAGAAACAUCAGCAUCAUCUACUCAUGGGAAGAAAGUCUACACAGAUUAUUCUGUUACUGGCAUUCCAGGAGAUGGAAGAUGCUUAUUCCGUUCCGUGGUUCACGGUGCAUGUGUCCGGUCAGGGAAAGCUAUACCUAAUGAAGAUCUUCAGAGAAAGCUAGCUGAUGAAUUGAGGUCAAUGGUUGCCGAUGAAUUUGUCAGUAGACGGGAAGAGACUGAAUGGUUUGUUGAGGGCGAUUUCGAUACAUAUGUUUCUCAGAUUAGGCAGCCACAUGUGUGGGGUGGUGAGCCAGAACUGUUCAUGGCUUCACAUGUUCUUCAGAUGCCAAUAACCGUGUACAUGCGUGAUGAAGAUGGGGGUGGUUUAAUAAGUAUCGCUGAAUAUGGCCAAGAGUAUGGUAAAGAAGAUCCAGUACAACUUCUGUAUCAUGGUUUUGGCCAUUAUGAUUCCCUUCAGAUUCCAGCCAAUAGGGGUCCAGAGGCAAGAAUGUAGAAUUUUGGAGUUCCAGAUGUACAAGGCACUGUUGCAAAAACAUCGAUCUGUGGAUAGGAGAUGUCUUUGUCUAGGGACAUGCUCAUAGAAAAUGGUAAGAGAUGUAAGACAUUCAAUUCUCUGUUUGAAGCUGCCC